CGCAUUGUAAACUUUAACACGGUGAAAUUAAUCAGCAGCCGUUCAUAUGUCCCUUGUAUCUUGUUUGGACGAGUGUGAGACCAGGUUGAGGUUUAUUGAGGAUGUGAGUGAGUAAACAGUGAAUCAGGAAGAUGUAGAAACAACAGCUGCUGACGUCGGUGUGGUAGUUUCCUUUAUUUCUCAGCUCAGUCACUGAACUUCAUCGUUUUUGGAGGAAUUUUGAUGUGCAGCUUGUCUCGAUGCUGGAUGUACGCGUCGCGUGCGAAUGUCCCCACAUUGUGUGAAGGAUUAUAGCUUGUUUAUAUAGACUGUAAUAUAAUUUGUGUGUGUGUGGAAAACAUGUUGGAAAAGUUGUCAUGCUAUUUCUCCGCGGAGGGGAGACUCCUUAACGGGAAGAGUCGGUGGACUUCAGCGGCGGUCGCUGUGAUCCUGCUGGGCUUGUUUGCUUCGUCUUGCUGGGCAGAAGAAGCGUCCUGUCACGGAGCAUACGACCUCUACUUUGUUUUAGACAAGUCUGGAAGUGUCGCUAACGACUGGGAGGAGAUUUACUCCUUUGUGAAGAACCUCACCGACAGAUUUGUGAGCCCCAGAAUGAGAGUCUCGUUCAUCGUUUUCUCAUCCAAAGCAGAAGUCCUGCUGCCUCUGACAGGAGACAAAUACGAAAUCGAAGAAGGUCUGAAACGCUUGAAGAAAGUGACACCAGUAGGUGAAACAUUCAUGCAUGAGGGAAUCAAAGAGGCCUCGGCUCAGAUACAUCAACAAUCCACCAAGUCGUCGAGCAUCAUCCUGGCGUUGACGGAUGGGAAGCUGACAGUUUACAUCCAUGAGCUCACAGUGAAAGAGGCUGAUGAAGCCAGGAAAUACGGAGCUCGUGUUUACUGUGUCGGUGUCAAGGACUUUGAUGAGCAGCAGCUUGCUGGGAUUGCCGACACCAAAGACCAUGUGUUUCUAGUCAAAGAUGGCUUCCACGCUCUCAAAGGCAUUGUGAAUUCUAUAUUAAAGCGCUCGUGCACAGAGAUCCUGACGGUGGAGCCCUCCAGCGUCUGUGUGAAUGAGUCCUUCGACAUCGUCGUCAGAGGGAACGGCUUCGACCUGAGUCGCAGCAGCGACAGCGUCAUCUGCAGUUUCAUCAUUAACCAGCAAACCUUCAAUCAGAAGCCGACUACUGUGAGAAAUAGUUACCUGCAGUGUCCCGCUCCAAAGCUGUAUGAGGUCGGACAGACUAUGGAUGUUCUCAUCAGCCUAAACAACGGCAAGUCCUUCAUCUCCACCGCUCAGACCAUCACUGCCUCCACAUGUUCAGAUGGUUUGGUGGUGGCGAUCGUCUUCCUGGUGCUGCUGCUCCUCGUGGCUCUGGCCCUCAUGUGGUGGUUCUGGCCUCUCUGCUGCAAAGUGGUCAUCAAGGACCUGCCACCGCCUCCUCCACCUUCUCGUCCUCCUCCACCUGAGCCCGAGCCACUGCCCAAGAAGAAGUGGCCAACUGUAGACGCCUCCUACUACGGAGGAAGAGGAGCAGGAGGGAUCAAACGCAUGGAGGUGCGCUGGGGAGAAAAGGGCUCAACUGAGGAGGGGGCCCGCCUGGAGAAGGCCAAAAACGCCAUAGUGUCCAUACCAGAGGAUGUGGAGGAGCCAAUGAUCAAGCGUCCCACUCGAAAGCCCGCCUCCACCAACCAUCAGUCUGAGAACAAAUGGUACACUCCCAUCAAGGGUCGCCUCGAUGCUCUGUGGGCUUUGUUGCGGCGGCAGUAUGACAGGGUCUCCCUUAUGCGUCCCACAUCAGAAGAUAAGGGUCGGUGUGUUAACUUCAGCCGUGUGCAGCAUCAGUAGAGGACAAACUGCUGCGUGGAGGCGAGCGAGUGCCGAUCGCUGUGGACCAGAGGACAGUUUCAGGGUUGUUGUGUAAAGAUGUUUAAUUUUGCAGCUGAAACCACUUCGUUUUCCUCUCUCUCUUCUCUCUUCUUCGUCUUCCACAUCACGAGGCGACAUGUUAAUAUUCAGAUUUUUAAUCAUUAACUUAUUUACUUUCUGUGUAUGAAACCAAAUGUUCUUCUUGUUUUUUUUUUUGUUUGUUUUUUUUGUUUAAAACAAGAGAAAAGUCAGGGCGCCCCAGAACACGGCACUCAGAGUCGGUUAGCUUCUCAUGUGCACCAAAGGCUUAACAUAUUCUGACCAUAUUGUGCCUUCUGUGAGAAACCUAAAUCCAUGGACACAGACGGAAGCUAUCUUUAAAAAAAAAAAAAGAAAAAAAAGAGGCUAUUUGCCGUUGGCAUGGAAGUGGGAAUAAUCCCAGUGGGCCUCACAAGUGCAGAAGUCCGUUGCCUUUUGGCAAUGUCUCAUCAGGACUCCUCUCCAACUUCAGCGGCGCCGGAUGCCCGGCGGCCGCCCUUUGACUGGCUUCUCCUGUCAUUUUUAUCACUGAGAAGUGCACACGCAUGACAAAUUGAAGACAGGAUGCCCCAAGGUACUGGAAGGCACCAAGACUUUGCCCUUUAGUUUUUUUUUUUUGGUUGUUUUUUUUCCCCCCGUUUUUGAAGACACCUUCCUUUCAUUAUGCACUCGGGACAAGGAAAUUAAUAGAGCGUUAUCCGACCGCAGGACAGCCUCCUGACCAGGGCGAACCCCAGCUACGUUUGAGGGAUUGAUGCCUUCAAGACCUUGACAUGGCGCUUGGUGUUUUUUGCCCCUGUUUUCCAGACCAGUCUGCUCUCUGCUCACUAAGGCGUAGCACAUCACGGCCGAUAAACAGGCCUAUCAGAUAAGACUUAAGCUACAGAUCCAGCCUCGCCCCUUCGAGGUGUCCGCCUCAAUCCUCCGAGGGCUCCCGGCCUGCGUCGCAACUUGCCGCUUCGCUCAGCACCAGAAUAUCCAAGUUUAAUUAAAAUAAUUAAAGGCAACAGCAAGCAGCAGCCUGUGAAGACUUGGCUGUCUCUUUUUUAUGCCUUUUGACUUUGAAUGACCUAUUACUGCGUUAUUCACCGGAAAAAAAAAAAAAAGAGGACAGUGCGCCAUGGUGACGGUGCACCAUGUCCACAACACAAACCCAAAGCAACGGAUGCGACGGACGGAUAAGUAUUGUUCAUUUCCAGAAAUUAUGUCCAACCCCCCUCUUCUCCCUCCACCCAAAUCCCAAAAAGCAGGGGAUAUGUAUUUCUAUAUAUUGUGGACUUCUCAAGCGCGCUGUCAUGACGCCAAUCCCAAAUGAUGUUAGUGUGAGCGGAAACACUGUGGGGGAGGAAAAGGGGGCAGCAGCUGAAGAAAAAGGCUCGAAUGAUCCAGUCACUUCGGAUACCGUACUUCAGAUGCAAAAUGGAUAUUCGAGUCGAAACCUGACAAAGCGUGCCGGCUUUGACGGGAAGCGGUAUAGACAAUGACCAGUGGCUGGGUCAGUGGGAUGUCUCUGUGCAAGCAGGGAAGCUUAUCAAAUGACACUAAAAAUAAGUUCAACAACCAUCAAGUUUGAGGGGGGACGUGGGUGCGCGCCUCGCAUUCGGAGCGGCGAGCAAACUCACCGGUCUAAUUAUUAUUCCUUUGUUUCCCGAUCGGAAGGAUGAAGAAUUCCCCAAAUCCAGUCCUCAGGGUACGCUGGUGCUUCUGCCCGCUUUCAACACUUUGAGCCUUUGACAUCAUUUUUUGCAGGUUUGACAUUUAACGUGACGUCAGGUGAAAUUUUACCUCGUCUUUGUGUCCCAAGCAAGAGCAAAGGAAUUUACUCUCCGCUCCUCUCCACACAUCAACACACACCAUGGCAGUUAUUUUAACACAUGUACUUUUUCUUCUUUUUUACAAAAAAAGAUUUUUUGGCUUUGAUAAAAAAUGUAUUUUUCCACCUUUAUUCAAAUAUUUCACAUUUUGAUUGUAAUUUAGAUUUUUUUCUGCUCAGUUUUAGUCUCACAGAUUUGCAUGUUUUCCUGCUUUUGCACUCCCAUCUGUUCAUUUCAUGUGCAAAAUGUUUUUAAUUUAUCAUUUUAUCCGAUUUAAGAUUGUAGCUCUUUUUAAUGUCCAUGUAGCACCUUAAAGUCCCAGUUUGAGCCGCACAAAUCUGCACGUUUCAAACUGAAAUACCAAAAAAAAAAAAAAAACAUUCUACUGGUUUUACACUGUUUUUCUGUUACUGUUUUA